GAGCACGAUUACAGCUCACAGAAGGCUGGAACAUAAUUGAUGUCCUAAUUGAAAAGCAGGAGAAAAACGACGGAUACGAGCUCCAAUGAAAAAGUUUACUUGUUCGCCCACCAGAGUCCCAUUGCAACGACAUUGAUGUGAGCAGAGGGGUAUACGCGCACUUCUUUUCCCCUCUUCACCCUCACAGUGCACCUACCCACUUUCUCACUGUUAGGUUAUAGUUUUCUUUUAUGAAUGAUUCUCUCUCGCAACAAUACAUCCCUGGAUAUCUCCUCUUUAGCACGAACUCACUUCGGCACAUCUUUCCUGAAGUUCAAACGCCACCAAGAAUUCCUCUGCAAACGCACUUGGGGAAAAUAUCCAACAAGAAAAAACUUCACUUUUUCUCCAACUGUCGCUGAAGCUAGUCUCAAAAUGAGCCUUAAAUCAGAUUCCGAGACGAAUAACAACGUAUCCAUUGAGGAAGAGGUACGAACACUGUUUGUCAGUGGCCUUCCAGUGGAUAUCAAACCUCGUGAGCUUUACCUGCUGUUCAGACCAUUUAAGGGUUAUGAAGGUUCACUGAUUAAGUUAACGUCAAAACAGCCUGUUGGAUUUGUAACCUUUGACAGUCGUUCUGGAGCUGAAGCUGCAAAAAAUGCAUUAAAUGGCAUCCGUUUUGACCCCGAAAGUCCCCAGACCCUGCGCUUAGAGUUUGCUAAAGCCAACACGAAGAUGGCAAAGAGUAAGCUGAUGGCCACACCGAACCCCACAAAUAUCCACCCUGCUCUAGGAGCUCACUUCAUUGCACGGGACCCAUAUGACCUGACAGGGGCAGCCCUGAUCCCGGCAUCCCCUGAUGCCUGGACUCCGUACCCUCUGUACACCACAGAGUUGACCCCUGGGCUUCCCCAUGCAGCCUUUACCUACCCAGCGGCUGCCGCCGCUGCUGCUGCCCUCCACGCCCAGGUGAGGGACCAACCGAUGCGUUGGUACCCUACUCCCUCUGAGACUUCCCAGCCUGGGUGGAAGUCCAGACAGUUUUGUUAAUAUAACCUCCAUCGGAACCAGAUCUUCAUCCAGUUGAAGAAAGGUUUGUCAAUACAAAAUUAAUCAGGUUUAUUUAAUGGACAAAUAUAAACAUCCAGUAUUUAUCUCCUCUGGAUAUUUCCCGGGGAAGUGAGAACUGAAACUUCCUCACCAUUGACAGCCUGAGCGUAUGAUUCCUUUUUGGCAACUAUUACGGUACAGUUUAGCACUUAAAAAAAAUCAAAAAUAUAAAAACUGCUCUAGUCUAUGGAUUAUAUUUGCUGUGUAAGAUGUGAGUUAAAACAUUAUUAAGCUACUACUUCGAUAGGUUCUCAUGGCUCAAGAGGGAGGUGUCAUGAGUGGAGUCAUUGCAUGUAUUUUGGCAUGAAUUAGAACGAAGAGUUCUGUGUAUCCUUGUUUCUUAGUGCUUGUGUUGCCUCUUUACCUGGGCUAAACAAUGAAGCCCUUUUGUUUUCGUGUACAGUAUAUACCUGUUUGAUCUUGCUUCUGUGAAAGCUAGGCUGUUGUAAAAAUGGCUUAUCUUGCAUGGAAUUUGUGAAUGCAUCCCUUUGACAAUCCUGGUCUUGCCCAAAAUAUUAAUAUUAACAUCAGUUAAGAGUAUAUAUGAGGAAAAAAGUACAAGUAUUUUUGUACUUUUUUUGCGUGAUGUAUAUUUAUGCAUUGAUGAACCUGUAUAAGUUGGGUGUUUAGUCGUCCUUUUGUGUUUUGUGUUAUUUUGAUCCUAUAAUCCUAUUGAAGUAGUUUAAGUGCAAUUGUAUUUGUCUAAAUGGGGAAGGGAGUUGAGGGUGGUAUAUUUGUUAAAGUACUGAAGUGUGCAGAAUGUGUCCCAUGUGCCAUUCUGACUGCUAAAAUGAGAUUGCUGUCAAUUGCUGAUCUUUUCAGAAUGUGAAACUGGACUACAAACAUGAAGGGUUGCUUUGGAGGGUGCCAUUUUUGAAAUGGGCGUAAGGGUUGGAUUGGAAUUUCAGUUUGUGGUUUAGAACCUAUUUGUCUUUGUAUCUGCUGUGCAUAGGAUGUAAAAAAUAUUCCCAUCUUAUGAAUUAAACAAGCAAGUGAAUGCA